UGAAAUGAACUUAAAAGAAAAAAUAAAAUGUACGAUAAAGAAACCAAUGAAUGAUUGGGACAAAACAGGAAUAAUACCAUCAGAAGAAUAUAUAUACCAGAAAAACACUUUUGGGACAAUUUUAAAAUACAAAAAGGAACUCCGCAAUCUACAAUUUAAAAACGAUGAAAAAGAUUUUACUGGGUUUACUGAAAUUGUAUAUAGCAGUGAUGAAACUUUGGAAAUCAAGGAAGAAAUUAUGGAAUAUGAAGCAACUGCGGAUCAAGAAUAUAAGGAAGAAUAUGAAUUUCAAUUGUGUAAUGCAAGUAUAAAAGAAACAGAUAAUUUUGCUUUUAACAACGGACUGCAGAGUCAAAAUAAGAAAAGAAUACAGGAAUCAGAACAGGAAUGUGAAAAUAAGUUUAAAUGUCAAAAGUGUGCCCGGAAAUAUAAAUACAAAAGAAAUUUGAAUCACCAUCAAAAAUUCGAAUGCGGCGUCACUCCACGGUUCAUAUGUAAACCAUGCGGUAAAAGUUUUAAUCGGAAUAGUAACCUGAAGGUCCAUGUAGAUCGCGUGCAUCAGAAUACAAAAUCAAAGAAAUUAAAAACGAAGUAUAAAUGCAACGAGUGUACUCGAAGUUACACUUUGCUCAGAAAUCUAAAUCGGCAUAAAAUUAUACAUCAUUCAGAUGGAAAAACACAAUUAAUUUGCGACUAUUGUGGCUUUGUAGCUUAUUGGAAAAGUCACUUAUUAGAGCACAUUAAUACUUCUCACUUUGAGACAUCGAACACAAAGCAUAAUUGUAACAAAUGUUCACGAACUUACGUUUCUCUAGAGAGUUUAGAUCGGCAUAAACGUUUAGAACACGCAUCACAGACAUCAAAAACAAGGUAUAAUUGUAACCAAUGUGAGCGAAGUUACAUUGCGAGAAAUAGUUUAACUCGACAUAAACGUUUAGAACACGCAUCAGUCGUACCCAAUUUUAUUUGCGACCACUGUGAAUACAAAACGAAUCAGAAAGAUAGUUUGGUAAAACAUAUUAAUUCCCGCCACCCACAGACACCGAAGUUAAAGCUUCAUUGCAAGAAGUGUUCGCGAAGUUAUAUUACGCUGAACAGUUUAACUCGACAUAAACGCUUGGAACACGCGCCAGUCAAACCGCAAUUUAUUUGCGAUUUUUGCGGACAUAAGGCGAAACAGAAAUAUAGCUUGUCAUUACACAUCAAUUCACGCCAUUUGAAAUCAUAUUAAGGUACACCUGACGUUGAACAUGGGCAAAUUACUAAUAUUGUAUACGAUGUUUUUUAUACCAAAUUGAUGAUUUCAGAUAUUUCUCGAAAUAUUGUUACGAUUUCAGCUCAUAUUAGAAUUCGAAGC